AUGUCGCCCCUGGCCCUGAGGGCUGCAGCCCCCAGGGCACCACGGUCCAGCCCCACUGUCCCAGCCCCUGGUCCCGGGCUCACGGCAGCGGCACAUUCAUCCACAUCAAGCUGCCAGGGCCGCCUGCUGCACUUGGCCACCGCUGCUCUCCCUGCAGAUGACCAGAGCCUUCCAGCCAACGCCAGCUGCACCGUCCUGCAGCUGGUCUCCUACGUGAGGAGGAUGGUGGGGGUCCCCGACACUGGUGAGCCCUGGCUGCGGGGCUGCAGCUCCCCCCCCGCCUUGGCAGCAGCACUGGCACUUGUCUCACCUCCAGUGGGAUGCCACGCAGGCUCCCCAUGGUGUGGGCGGAGCGGUGAGGUGGGGGGGUCUCCAGCUCACUAUACCAGCAGCCCUCGCCCCACCCCAGCUUUUCCAAACAUCAUCCACCUGUGUGAUGAGCUGGGCACCCCCAAGCUGGUCUUCCAGGUGACCAGCCUGAGCGAAAGGGCCAGUGAGUUCCUCCAGGCAUGUGGCACCUACUAUAUGUGCAGGGUGGAGUUCGGGGCACCUGGGACUGAGGAGGAGCACACACGCUGGUCCUUCACACUCCUCCUGGAGCAUCCCAGCCCAGCACUGACAGGUGGGUGAGGGGAUGGGGAGCAGCCAGGUGGGCGGGCACAGGCGUGGGUGCCUGGCGCAGGGGCCGGGGGCUGCCAGACCAGCACCUGGGAGAUGUUGGAGGAGAGGAGGACGCCUGACAUGGAGACACCGCCCUCCACGGCACGAGGCCAAGGAGCGGUAAGGGGCUGCCAGUGGCCCCCAGGGCAGCCAGUGUGGCCUUGCCCAACUUCACCAAGGCCACCUCUGCCCUGGGGAUGGGGGGACACUGUCGGCCACAGGCCAGCCCUGCCCAGGGACCUUCCCAUCCCUGCGGCCUCCAGCACCUUGUGGGCACAGGGCUCGUGGCAGGAGCUGCCCGGUCCCCGCGCCCACUGUCCCCACAUCAUCACCCUUACGGCCUGCCUCCCUGUCCCCACGCCCUGUCACCCUCGUGCCGUGCUGCCCUGUCC